AUGGGGGACAUCGAGGCUCCAGCAAAUAACAGAUCACAGCAAACUGCAUUUCGCUCUCUAUUGCCGAGUAAAGAGUUCAUAUCAUCCCGGAAAGGACAACUUUUGAUCGGUGAAGUGGUAACGUCGUUCAUCAGCUUUGUCUGCUUUGCUGCUUCAACAGCAGCUGCCUUUGUCACAGCUCCCUUCAUCGAAUUCUUGGCAGCUCUUUUCCUGCUCUUUGCAUAUUCCACAAAGUUCAAUGAGAGAUUUAAAGGCUUUCACUGGCCCCUCAUGGACUUCUUGCGUUGUGUCAGUGCCUCCAUCAUCUUCUUCAUCAUCUCUAUAAUAGCUGUGUCAAAGUAUCCAGAUGGAGCAUCCAAGGCUGCUGGGGUCUUUGGCUUCAUUGGAACAAUAAUUUUUGCUCUGGACUUUUAUUUCAUUUUUAACGAACUGGCGAAUUUCCUCAAGGGAGGCGAUUCCAGUGGGGAACCUCCCAAUACACAAGAUAAUGAUUCAGAUUCUGACUCUGACUGAAGCUGUGAUUGUGUCCUUUAAGCUCUGGUGUGUGACCACUGAUAAAAACACAGACUUAUGUGUACAUCAAUACAAUCAUGUCAUUUGAUUUCCCACAGUGAAUUAUUCCAGUGACUUUGCUUCACAUCAGUCAGCCUGGACAAAAUGGUAGUAUUGUCCCAGAUAGCAAAGAUAAGUGAUGUUGGACCAAUGUAAAUAACUUAUCUUUGCUCUCUGGGGUAUCAUUUAUUAUAUCCAAGUACUGCCUCUAACAGCUGAAGUGUACUUAAAGUAGUGUUUACAUAUGUGCGGUUGUUUUUGGUUCAGUUUGUUUUUCAAAUGUAUGAGUCUGUUACUCUGUCUAUAGCCUACUUGGAAGGUGUGUGUGUGUUUGUUAAUAUCUAGAAAUUCUCUCAACAUUCUGACUUUUAAAAGCUAUGCAUGACCCUGGGAAUGAAGCCCUGCCCUUUGGGAAUAAUUGUUUUGCAUCAAAAAUGAAAGACGUUUACAUCAUUUAAUAAUAUAACAGGUGGCUGGCUGGUCACAUUCACCUGACUUACACUUGUACACUUUUGUGUUAAUUUUUUAAUUGCUAAGGAAUGCCAAUGUCUUUCCAAAUUCUUACAAAAAUGGCAGGAAUUGUCUCGUAGCUCAUCUAGCAGUGAAAUAUUCUUAUCUGUCCACUGCCUUUGUUUUAAAUUUAUAAUGUAUAUGCAUGAGCUUCAGCAGGUUUACUAUGGUAUUCUCAGACAUUCUUCAUAUGCCCACAACAAAGCAACUUUUAGUAUGCUUAUAAAAGACUGUUUACUUUAGGAAUUGUUUUGGAAUCAUGAAAUUUCACAUAACCACUUACCAAAAUAAAUAUCUUUUGUG